AUGGCGAUCAACUGGAUCCUCCUCAUCAGCCGUCAAGGCAAGGUGCGACUCGCCAAAUGGUUCACCACCAUGUCGCCCAAGGCAAAGCUCAAGAUCACAAAGGACGUCACACAACUCGUGCUCGCGAGGCGAACACGCAUGUGCAACUUCCUCGAGUACAAGGAUAGCAAAGUGGUGUAUCGGCGGUACGCGUCGCUCUUCUUCGUAACGGGCAUCAGUCAAGGCGACAACGAGCUGGUGACGCUCGAGAUCAUCCACAGAUACGUAGAGGUGCUCGAUCGAUACUUCGGUAACGUGUGCGAGCUGGACCUCAUUUUCAACUUUCAAAAGGCAUACGCUAUUCUCGACGAGCUCAUCAUUGCGGGAGAGAUGCAAGAGUCAUCCAAGAAGUCGGUGCUGCGGACAGUCAGUCAGAGCGAUGCGGUUGAGGAGGCGGAACAAUCGGAGGAUUCACUGGCGAGGAUUGGCAGCAGGUCAGGCUAG